GUAAUAGGCUUGUCGUAAAGAUAUGAAUAAUGAAUUUGCAUUGCUACACAAGUUUCAUUGCUACGCACUUCUGACGACAUAGUAUAGAAGGUUUAUAAACAAUCUUACGCAACGAUACAGUAGGGUAUAUUGGGUAUAUAGAUAUCUUACAAGACUAUGGUCAGAAUAUCUGAUGUGCUCAGCAAAUCACUGGAAAGCACUAGACGGCAUUUGCUGAAACGGAGAGAACAAGUUGGUGACAACCAGGUGAGUAUAUUAUCUGGAGAGGAUGCUGAAUUCUGGUACAACUCCUUCAAAGAGUUAUUCCAGGACACAGAAGAAUCGGCCGAUGGGGACGAUUUGCUAUUUUUUGUCACGCAUCAUGCGUUACAACAGAAACCGGAGGAUCCGGAUUCGAGGACUGAUAUUAAUAACCGGCACGCUAGCACUAACAGUGCCCACAGUGAAGAUGGUAAUCAGAAGAGUGCUGAGGCAUUCUUUGUACUUCGGCGAAGUUCAACCAAGAUCCCUGUAAUGGAAGACCCUGCUGUAGAUUGGGAGAGCACUUACUACCUCAACACGGUGCUGCACGGAUUCCAAUACACCUUGACGAUAGUGAUCGGUACUAGAGAUGAUACUAGCGGACACAUAGUACCAGAAAAUACAGUUAGCAGGAGAGUCUAUCCCUCUCCUAGUCGCACCCGCAUGGACCAGUCCAAAGGUACAGUGACGGAGAUGACCUAUCCGAGAAUAUUCUUCCCUGUGGACGAUUUUGAAGACUUCUUUCAAUCGGUGGUGUGCACGGAAGGUGGGAUUGUCUGCGUAGAGCUAACGGCCCAGUGUACAGAGUUUGUCACGUCUAUCUUCCAGGGUUCAGUGCCGUAUCCUCUACUUUUACAGGCUUUCAACAAGAAGGUAAACGCCGCAUCAUGGAAUCCGUUGGUGACCAAAUCAUGCGACUCAAUGGAAUUUCUCAAGAUGAGAGGACCCAAGGGAGUGGGCCAGGCCGAAAUGGCUGUAUCCAGGGUGUCGGCAGAAUACUCAGCGGAUGGCCGAGCUUCCGACCCGCCAACACCCGGGAAGAGCCAGGCUAACGGCGGCCUGAAGGGGUUCUUUGCCAGCACAUUACGCGGAUUAACCACGCCCCAUCCUUCUGCACUCGAGCUGGAGGCUGCGCCCAACCUGAAUGCAUGUCUGACCUUUGUCAACAUCCGCUUGAAACAUCUUGUGGUGAAUGUACUGGGUGCCAAACCGCACAAGCCGCUUUUAAAACCAGGUGUAAUACCAGAAGACCGGGUUUGAAAAGAAGUAGUAAAGAGAUAAGACUGAGAAAUAAGCUUUUCCGUGCGUGUGGACUGAGGCGAUAACAUAUGUGUAGCCACAUGCCCAAGGCUGUGGCGACGCUCACAUGAAGAAACCCAUGCCCGGUAAGUCUCAGAAGUGCAAUAGUGAUGACAAUACAUACAAAGGUCACACUGAAUGAUUCUCUGGAGUACCGGAACCAUCAAGUGAAUACGGAUGGCAGUGCUCUGCUGAUUAUCGUUCACAUUUGACAGCGGAGGCAAUUGAGGUCGUUGUCUGCAAUCUAGGUACGGUGGAAUCAGCCCUACUCAUUGUCCACUCAAGGAGAGCGCACCACGUACCUGAUGAGACACUUGCAUCUUUCCCGAAGGAAUCACAAUCACUUCUGCUAAAAAGACAUCGCACAGCUUAUCUGAAGUAAGCCAACAAUGGAUCAGUCACCGAUUUGCAACGGGGUGUGUUCGAAUAGCGUUCUCUGUUUCGCUCGUUAAGAUCCGGCAAGGGGAGAGUAGCAGAAACAUAUGUCGUCAAAUGCGGCUUUCUACUGGCAGUCCUGGAUGACAGCGCUAUGAAACUAUAGCAAAAUCACAUCGCAUUCGGCGGUUGAGAGUAGGAAUGUUCUGCGCAAGUUGCGAAGCCCCUGGGCUCAUUUGCCGAGAUGGUAUGGGUCGUACAUGGUUGUGCAAAGCAAGGAAUAAUCGAGCGUGUCAGAAUCGGUAAGUCACUUCUGAGAUGAUAUUGGCCGUAGAAAGCGCAUCAAGAAGUGUGAUGUUAAGAACGCAACCUAGCACAACGCUGAUAUAGCACGCAAUCUGAUAUAUGUCUACGUGGCAAACAUACAACUGGACGCCUCAUUCCAACUUAGGGUAGGUGCGGUGCGUAGCAAGCAUCUCGGAUCCCAUUCGCGUCUAUACCGAGCAAUUCUAGCGACUGUUAACAACUCUAAUAGCAAAACACGCUCACACGGAGUGAUAGUUGAACUUUCGUGGUAGCUGGUGCUAUCACUUGUUUUGCUGACUAUCUAACACUUAUCGAGCCAGUAUAGAUGUGAUCUGCGUGUGUCGAGAGUGUUUCUUGUGGUAGCUAAUAUGGCAGAGCGAGCGCGAUGGCGGGAUUGGAAUUCUGACCUCUCGCAAGGAAGCAUCGUCCCAUACCCUGCUAAGCGAGACAGCUGAAUCGGCUGGAGCUCAUGGCCACAGUAGAUGCCCAAAAUAGGGUAGGUAUCGGGUGCCAAUCAGUUCUAUCUCCCAGAUUGAUUGCCCAGGAAGUACGCGGGCAGGAUAUAGACUUAGUAGAUUUGUUCAGCGGACAUAGGCACCUCGUAUCUAAUGCGUGCAUUGCCGACGCAGGUCUUACUACAUCACACAGCAGACUAAGGGGGCAGAUACGCGAUUGCCCGGGGCUGUGGGGUUUUAGAAGUGCAUUGUAGAGGUGACCAUGAGACGUCGAAACCUGGGUGAUGUAAAUGAUCCUGAGUCACAUACCGCGCCUAUUUGUAUUAGCAGCCAUGCUAUUGCAGGCCGCGUCAUGGAAUGCUGACAUAUUUACCAUCUCAAAGGUGUACGGCAAAAGUGAACCGUGGAAUCAAAUUGACGUACAUGGGUCGCCUCCAAGUUUCCUACACACCUCACCGUAACUAACUAGGCCAUGAAAUUUUCUGCAAGCAUACAGAAGUGCAUAGCCAGUUUUUGAGUUGGUACUGUCGAGCAGUCGACCAAGAAUUUCUGGUAGAAGAAUAAAUUUCAACAACAUAUGUACAUGGCAAUGUUACAGUAGCAUCAAUAAUUUGAUAACGGACAAGCACAGAUGCACGUAGUAGCUAGAUUGCAAUGCCUAUAUACACUCAAUCAUGGAAAAAUUCAUAAAAUCAGAAUAAAUCG